AUUCUCACUGUAACGCUACACUUUUGUUUCUUGCUCGAGCUUGCCUCCGCGGGUUUGCGAAUGAGGUGUCGCAGUCGGAGAUCUCUGCGGCCUUCGCAGUCGAGUAAUACAUAAAACGUCUUUCAAGGGAGUACCAAUAAAUACAUUUGAUAUUGCUUGUUUCGAGGAUUGACGUAUACAAGAACUCGGAAAUCCAUGGCGGUUGAAACGGUUUGCUAAAGCAAAAUAUAUAUCCUGCCAAUGCAUCAUGCUAUACAGCUUGUAGGAAGUCCAAGGAAAGGAUCAUAGAAGUUUUUAACAACCUGGAAUUCUUGCAAUGGCCUUCGCAAACUACAGCAGCUUAAACCGAGCACAGCUCACCUUCGAGUACCUCCACACAAACUCGACAACCCAUGAGUUCUUGUUUGGAGCUCUGGCUGAACUGGUGGACAAUGCAAGGGAUGCCAAUGCAACAAGAAUUGACCUUUAUACAGAGAAGAGACCUGACCUCAGAGGUGGUUUCAUGCUGUGUUUUCUUGAUGAUGGGACUGGAAUGGAUCCAAAUGAAGCUAGACAUGUCAUCCAAUUUGGGAAAUCUAGCAAGCGAUCCCCGGAGUCCACACACAUUGGCCAGUACGGCAAUGGUCUGAAAUCGGGCUCUAUGAGAAUUGGAAAAGACUUCAUUCUUUUCACAAAGAAAGAGGACAUGUUAACCUGCCUCUUUCUGUCUCGAACUUUUCAUGAAGAAGAGGGCUUGGAUGAGGUUAUUGUGCCUCUCCCAACGUGGGACAGCACAAGCAUGCAGCCCGUCACACAGGACCCAGAAAAGUUUGCCAUUGAGACAGAGCUGAUCUACAAAUACUCGCCUUUCAAAACGGAAGCUGAGGUCAUGGAGCAGUUCAAGAAAAUCGAAGGAGUAUCUGGGACCCUGGUUAUUAUCUACAACCUGAAGUUGAUGGAUACCCGGGAGCCUGAGCUGGAUGUUGAAACAGAUCGCCAGGACAUCCUCAUGGCUGGGACGCCACCAGAGGGAGUAAAACCGGAGCGUCGCUCCUUCAGAGCCUAUGCAGCUGUCCUCUAUAUCGACCCCAGGAUGAGAAUCUUCAUACAAGGUCACAAAGUGCGCACUAAGAGGCUCUCCUGCUGCCUCUAUAAGCCAAGAGUUUACAAAUACAGCUCCACGCGCUUCAAAACCCGGGCAGAACAAGAGGUGAAGAAGGCAGACCAUCUUGCUAAAAUAUCUGAAGAAAAGGCGAGGGAAGCAGAGAGCAAAAGCCUCGCUCUGGAGCUGAAGUUGGGAGAUGACCUCUCCCGGGAAGCUCGCGCUAUGUUCCGCAAGGCUCAGGAAUCAGCCAUGAUGUUACGUCAGGAGGCAGACAUGAAGAGGAAAAUCUUGGAGACCAAACAGAAAGCCCUGAAAGAGCCCAAGGAACUGAACUUUAUUUUUGGGGUGAACAUUGAGCAACGAGAUCUGGAUGGCAUGUUCAUUUAUAACUGCAGUCGCCUCAUCAAGAUGUAUGAGAAAGUGGGGCCGCAGCUCGAGGGAGGCAUGGCUUGUGGUGGAGUUGUGGGUGUGGUUGAUGUUCCUUACCUGGUCCUUGAGCCUACACACAACAAGCAAGACUUUGCGGAUGCCAAGGAGUACAGGCAUCUGCUGAAGGCCAUGGGUGACCACCUGGCCCAGUACUGGAAAGAUGUUGCAAUUGCACAAAAGGGCAUUGUCAAAUUCUGGGACGAAUUUGGCUACCUUUCGGCCAACUGGAAUCAGCCCCCUUCCAAUGAUCUGCGAUAUAAGAGGCGGCGUGCCAUGGAGAUUCCUGUCACCAUUCAGUGUGACAAAUGCCUGAAGUGGCGUACGCUUCCCUUCCAAUUGGAUGCUGUGGACAAGCGGUACCCUGACAGCUGGGUCUGUUUGAUGAAUCCAGAUAGCACCCAGGACAGGUGUGAUGCUCCAGAGCAGAAGCAGAACCUACCAGUUGGGGUGAUGCGCAAGGACACCAAGUCGGUGGAAGAUAAGCAGAGGGAAAUAACCGAAAAGAUCAGGCAGCACCAGGAGAAGCUGGAGACGCUGCAGAAAACUGCUCCCAUUAAAUCUCAGGCAGAUGUGAAGAAAUUGCCUCUAGAAGCCAGCUUGAAGACUGCAAGUGAGAGUAACCCACAGGGCACCAGGGUGGUACGGCCCCGAUCUCCCCCUCUGCCAGCGAUGAUAAAGAAUGCCCCGAGCCGGCCACCCCUCAGCAAGCCCCCUCCCCUCAGCAGAAAGCCCAAUACCCCAACCCGGACAGCAAAACCCCCAGUGCCAGCACCUGCAUCUCCUCCUCCUCCACCUCCUGCCGUCCGCAGGCAGGAGCCCCUGGCCAAGGCCCGGCCAGCUGCCAGCCCCAGGGUCCCGGUUUCUAAAGUCAAAUCAGGUGGUAGGAUGGGGGCCGUGCGCUCUCCACGGGGGGCAACCAAACAGACCCCAACCACUAGUAGCCAGCGCAACAGAGUUACAGAAGAUACGAGUGAGGAUGAUGAGGAAGAAGAAGAGGAUAGUGUGCAUGAGGAGCGCGAGGAUGAAGAGGACGAAGAGCCGCAGCUAAAGAAAACAAAGAUGACACUGGAGAAAUCGAGCAAACCAGUCGUAAAGAAACAGGAGGUGAAAAAGGGGAAGGUGACGGAGGUGCGGGCGCAGACUGCAGAGGGCAGCGUGGUCAUGGAGAAUAAAAAACGAUGUAACAUCAUUCCGCUAAUCUUCGCUGGCAAGCUCGACAAGUUUCAUCGCCAGCAACCCCCCCAUCAGAUUACAGAUUGUGCCGAAGAGGAAGAGACUGAGAAAGAUCUUAAAGAGGCUCAGAAAGAUAAAGGUCUGCUGGUAGAGGUAAAAGUCAACAAGGAGUGGUUCACGGGAAGGGUAGCAGCAGUGGAGGCCAGUAAGCAGAGCGUGCGUUGGAAAGUCAAGUUUGAUUACGUGCCCACGACCCCUACUCCUCGCGACCGAUGGGUUUUUAAGGGCAGCGAUGAGGUUCGACUGAUGCGACCCCCAUCCCCGGUCACUCAGAGCCCGGACACCCAACAGGAAGCUGAAGCAGAAAGGGCAUCCAUUGCAAUGGAGCCCGAUACCACGCAGCCCGGCAGUAGCCGGGAGCUGAUGGAUAGCCUGGUGGUCAUGAUGAGGACGUUUCUGCGCUACUUCUUCCCUCCGGAAUUUCGAAUUCCAAAAGAUGACAUUAACGGCAUGACCGCAGAGGAGUUGGUAGCUUUUCCAAUGAAAGAGUACUUCCAGCAGUAUGAGCUGGGCCUACAGAGUCUGUGCAACUCGUAUCAAAGCCGGGCUGAUGCCCGGGCUCGUGCCGUGGAAGAGAAGAGUAAUAGUGCAGAGGCACGCCUUCGUGACUCUGAGGAGAAGCUCCAGAAACUGCGGACCAAUAUUGUGGCUCUGCUGCAGAAAGUCCAAGAGGACAUUGAUAUCAACACAGAUGAUGAACUGGAUGCUUACAUUGAGGACCUGCUCACUAAAGGAGACUGACCGGACUCACUGAGUGACCUGCGUUGCUCUCACCCUUCCCUGACAGCCAAUUUAAUUCCGUUUCCACCUUGUUCUGUGUGGGCUGUCAAAGAAAAAAACUGUACAUUAUGGGAUGACAAAGCAGCAGAGAUUGCAUUCCAUAUGUGUAAUAUAGAUUAUCAAGCACGCCUGCACAUUACCUGGCCACACCUGAGAGUAGGUUGGGUGUUGCUGUGUGCUAGGAAGGACAUUGUGGGAGGGAGAGGGAAUUUAGUUUGGGCAUCCCAAAGCUUUUAGUAACUGUAAGGAAGACCGUCGUUGGGAAAUGUGAUCCAAAACACUUUGGAUGUAUGACACUGGUCUCAUUAGCCCAGCAGAGGAAGAAAAUCACACCUUUAACCCCAUGUAGCUACUUCAAGGUAUCCCCUUUUUCUUACUAUUUUGUUGUGCUUUUCAGCAUGUCUAUAAACAGGGUUAAAAGCAUUUUACUAGAUUUUAGUUUAAAUCGGAUGUGUUCAUAUUUAUACUUGUAUGAAUAUGGUGGUAAACAAAAUUGAGUAAAAACAACCAAGAAUAAGCCCUUGAACAGUAUGGAGAGGGGGAUAGUAGUCAGCCUAACCUUCUUGAUAUUCCUGUCCAUCAUUACAUUAGCGUACCUCAAGGCAUUACAGUACACUUCACAGUUUUGCAGUGCCCACUUUUUUCUUAUUCAACGCUAAAGCAGCUGGUAGGACUCGGAACUUAAAUUAUGCUCCCCCUCAUUACACACUAACAGCAAAGAGGAUUAUGUAGAUUAUAUUUCUGCUAUCUGCACAUAUCUCCAGUUCCUGAGUUCAGAAACAGUCCAUUUGGAAAGUGUGUAGCAUACUACAUGUCUCCCAACACUUUCAAGAUUUAAGUAUGUGUGCUUCAUAACUUUUUUUUUGGCAGGACAGAUGUAAUAAUCCCAGGGUCAGUGCUGCUUUUACCAAUUUAGAGGAUGGGAUCUGAUAAGCAUGAAAAUGGGGGUUCUUGGAUGCUUCCUUCUUCAGGAGUGUACUCCAGAAUGGAGCAUGUGGGAAGAGAUAAUUAAGCUAAUUUAGCAUCUACCAAGACUUUGAGGGUGUUAACAGGCUUACCCUCAAACGAAAUAUUUACUGGGUUUUAUCAGUAUGUAUACUCUUGGAAGCUUUCACCUAACUAUAGGACAACUUUUUGGAGUGGGGGAGGGGUCAGUAUAAUCGCUUUAAAAUCACCUGUAUUUAGUUAAUCCAGUCAAGGGAAGCCUUUAUGUGUAUUGUGGUAAUGUUUCUUUUAAAAGAAUAUUUUUAAAUGUUAAAGAACUGUUUUAUUAAAAUGUGUGGUUUAUUUUU